AUGUUUAUCGCGUUCGACUCCUUCCAGAGCGGCGAAAAGGGUCUGUCCAACCCCAAGCGCCCCAGACGCAGUGAACGGAUCGGCCGACGGGGACUGAUGGUGCGCGCGUGCAAUUCCUGUCGUCGGCGGAAAAUCAAAUGCACGGGCGACAAGCCGUGUGAGUCCUGCCGCUGGUACAAAACACCGGAACUGUGUUCCUAUCCGGAACGGCGGCAGUCAUCAAGCCACUCGGAAAAAUCGGGAACAUCGUCAAAUCAGUAUCGAGCCACCCUAGAAAGGCUUUUUCCAGACAAGACCCCGGAGAAUAUUGCUAAUUUGCCCCGCGAGGCGCUGGUCGAGUUGGUGGAUGGAUGCGGGUCUCAAUCGGGCCAGCAUCAGGAUCCGCCGACCGUUGCCGCGUCUAUACAACCCUACAACUCCGCAUUGUCUGUCGGACAGCCGGCGCUGGAGUCCUUGCAUUCGAUGCCCGAGGAGGACCUCGUCGACCAAGGCCAAUGUACUAGCCGCCUUGGCUCACUGGAGCAGAUCUCCGAUGAUGUCAACGCGCUGUCCCUGACCACCCGGCAGCCCGCCUCGUACCUGGGGAUAUCAUCUAUCCAGGCGGCCUUGAAGGUCAUCGCAUGGUUACUGCCGCAAUCCAGGCCAUACGCAUCCCACAUCCUGCCGCCCGACCAUAGCGACCGAGCCGUGAAUCCAACCCCGUCGUUAAGCACGCAGGCCAACCUCGCACCCACCGAAGCGGAGAUCGUAGAUGCGUAUUUCGUCGGGUUUCACACUCUGGCGCCACUGCUGGACGAAAAAAGCUUUCGCGCCACCCACUUGGCUGGGAACAGGACAGAUAGUCGAUGGCUAGCGCUGUUGAACAUAGUGCUCGCGUUGGGAAGUAUUGCCGCCUCGGGCCCAGAUAGCCACACACACAGGACAUUUUUCGACCGUUCGAUGAAUCUCCUGAAUUUAGCGACCCUCGGAACGCCCACCACCGAGACGGUCCAAACCCUAGGUCUCAUUGGGGGCUGGUAUUGUCACUAUAUCAGCCAGCCAAACCUUGGGUAUUCCCUGAUAGGUGUGGCCCUGCGCAUGGCGGUUUCGCUAGGGCUACAACGUGAGCCUUGCGAUGGUCGUUUGGUACUUGAACCUGCCCGGGCUGCUCAUCUGGAAUACAAACGUCGUGUAUGGUGGGGCCUCUGCUGUCUGGAAACCUGGGGCCAUGAAACCCUCGGUCGGACGUGUAUGGAUUUAUUUGCGCCAACUGUCACCGUCUCCCAUCCUCGCGUGCUUGAUGAGGAAAAUUAUCUAGCAAUCCUUCCAUUGAUUGAAAAUGUCGAAUUCAUCAAAAUCGCUUCGAAAAUACAGGAAGCGUUAGCCUCCAUGACAAUGAUCACACACUCCGAGACUUCUGACAUGGAUGCACAGCUUCUUCGGUGGUGGGACAACUUGCCCCCGGCUCUUAGAGAUUAUGAGCCAUGCCCCGAUUCGCUGUAUACCGCGCGGACGGUGAUGCGCUGGCGGCUUUAUAAUCAACGCAUGCUGUUAUAUCGGCCAAAACUUUUAAGCUACGCUAUGCGAAGAGUCCCCUUUAUGGCUAUUCGGAUGGAGGAGCGUAAUGCCAUUCUUGUGUGCCGUGAAAUCGCGGAAAUUACUAUUCAAGAUAUUCACAUGACGACAAGAUUGAAUCACAUGAUCGGAUGGAAUGGCGUCUGGUUUUUGUUUCAGGCAACUAUGGUACCUUUAAUCUAUCUAUCUACUCGACCCAAAAAUGACGAUUCCGCCGUUUCCUUUGAAUCCUGCAAGACGCAGGUUGAGACAGCUAUGUUGACACUCGAACGUAUGAAACCUUACGGACACACCGCAAAACGCUCCUUGGAGGUUAUUUCGGGAAUUCUCGAAGCUUGCCUGGAAAGGAGUGCGGUGGAAACACCAGAUGCAAUGACCGAGGGUCUCGGAUUCCAGAAUAUCUCUCAGAUGAAUGCGUUUGAUUCUUGCCUCCCUGCUAGGCGAGAUCAAACUUGGGACUGGAAUGUUAUGUCUUUCGAAAGUCUUCCACCACAGUCGAUGUGGGAAUUUUUGAGUUGGGGUGCUGAGGAUUUCACACUAGGCGUCCCUGGUCUCGGCCUCGAAAAUCAGGAUAUUUCUAUGGUUCAACCCCUAGGUGGAGGUGGCUGA